UUUUUGUCUACGUAAAUUUUUUUCACAAAAACUCAAAGAACAAACGAGCUGUUGAUUGGAUGUUUGUACGGUACGAAUUCGAUUAACGACUUCCCUGAUUGAAUUAAUGUACGACGUAUUAGUGUAAUUGAAUAUUUGCGGUACGUGGUCGACAAUUGUGAUUAACCUGCACGAUGACAGUGACAAUUGCAAAUUCACUGCUCUGUCAAUGUUUGACAAAUCCGGAAGAUCGAGCCUAUUUCAAUAUUUCAACCAUCACGAAACCUAUCAAUGACAUUUCAAAUUUGAAAAAGCACUUUCUCCCAUACUUCACCACAGUUUAGAUAUUCAAAUAUUUCCCGCCAUUGGAAUACGAUGAUUUCACCAAUCAGCGCUAUACAUAUAUACAAUUAACGAUUCUUAAUUUAUCAGUAUAGACCUCGGGUCAUCGAGUUAUCAUCUCAGUUCGUAUCGUGAAUUGUUUAAAUGGUGAACGCUCGGGGCUGUAGACCCAGGAAACGUCAUAGGCUCAGCUUAUUUACACGGUAAAAUAUUGACUCGCUCGAGGUAUCUGAAUAUACCAGCCGGAUUGUUGCCAGUUUCAACUAUAUAGUGAUAUCGCAUGAAUAAGAGCCGAAAAGUGGAUAGAAAUAGUUUAAUCGGCAGGAUAUUGACUCAAAAAAUAAAGAGAUAAAGUGUGUGCGUGUAUAAAACCCAAAAAAAACUAUCAUGACACCCUGAUACGAUUAACACAAGAAAUAAAUAAUAAAAAUGAAUAAAGGGGAUGAUUCUUCAGCCAACAGAGUGGGUUUCCCAUGAGUGCGUGACGAAGAGAAUUCCUGAUCAGGAAGACCGUUGGAUAGACUGACAAGUUUAUUGGAGCAGAAGCCAAGCAAGUGAGAGCUCAUUGACCGUCCAGUUGCUGUGCCAAAUGUGUCAAGUAGUCGAAGAGACGAGGAAUUGAUUGCCUUUUGCAGAAGCACUGAGAAUACUUUUACAAUCGAUUCGUACUGCAGCGCUGGGAGUUAUGUUCUCUUUAAGAAGAAACAGCUGUUCCCAGGAGAACUUGGAGGGUUGUGAUGAGUUCGGAUGGUGGUUAAGUGAAGAAGUUGCUGCUACGUCUCCCACGAGGAAUACGAAGAGUGUGCGUUCUUCGAUAUCCACUACGUCUAUGGUGUCCUGUGUAGACUCGGAGGAUCCUGACAAUUACUCCAUGGCGCAGGAAUUCACUGUAAAAAUUGAAAAUUCAAUAAAUACAGAAGAGAUUGAGCUGAAGCCAUUGAAUUAUGAGCUUGCUACGGAAAUGGAGGACGUUAAUAGAAAAUAUGAAAUCAGACAGGAUAUGACGUCGGACUACCAAGAAUAUAACAAACCCCAAGGAACUUGUUACACACCGGAAAGAUUAGUAAGAUCAGAAGAAUACAGGAUACUCAUGCCGUCUCCGCGUCGUCUCUCAGUGCCACAAACAGCAGCAACAACGCCAAAAGACAGUCCAAGGAAAUACCAUGCUCAUAGACGUCGACUGAGAUAUUUGAUAGACACUAAAACAUUUGGCGCUUCUCAUCUCGAGGCACUGCUGGACCCAAACGCACCGGAAAUCAAGAUACCCGUCAACGCAAGAAGCUGUCAACGUGGAUAUUCGUCCAGGAGGAAUUCCACUCCUGUCCAGGAUCUCCUGGCUAUAGCCAACAGAGAGAGUCCCCUGGGAGUACAGACUCCCGAACCAGCCAGCAGCAGGUCCAGCUAUGAGAGAUUGAAUGAAUUCUGGGAGGACGAUGAUGGCAAUCUCAUUCUGAGAUCCUCCCAAGAGGAUACUUCCGGUAUUCAAAGCAACGACUGGAGCUCGGACGGUCCUAGUGAAUCUCAGACACCCCUUUGUCUCUGCGACGAAUUGGCAACAGCAUCCAGGAGCUUCAUCGUCGGCACCAAAUCCCGGAAGAACGUCACCGCCAUCAAUGAGGUCGUUACCAUACUUCAGGGUCUGGAAAAGAAUCCUGAUCUUGCAGCCAUUCUCCUGGACGAGGACCCUCUCUGCCAAGGAUUCUCUGGCCAUGAUCAUCUUACCAGACUCGCUUUGACCAUUGAACCAGAUGGUAACGUACCAACUGUCCAGGGUGACCCGGACAAUGUUCAGCAACUGCGUAGCAAGGUCCAUCGACUCCAGAUAGCUAACAAGGACAUCUACAAGGACAUCUGUACCCUCAGGCGAGAUAUACAGGACGACGAGAAGAGGGUGAGCAACCUGAUGUCAGAGACCAGUAAGCUACGUAACGAGGUACACGACAUGCGAUAUAUGGAUGACCUCUUGAAUCUUCUACGAGGUGAGCUGGAUAGAAUUUCACGUAGAAAUUGGCCAUUUGCUCUUGGUCAUACGGAACGUCAGACGGAGGAAAUAAAUCUUGUGGUCUGAAGAGGAGCCAUCAUUGUUUUUGGAUAUACAUUGAAUUGUUAACGUGCCAAUUUUAUAGGAAGACAAGUGAAGCGUCUUUGACGAAUUUUUCUUGAACGAGAAAAACUGUUUAAAAAAAAUGGAGACAAUUUUUUCUUUAACGUCUCCGAUCGAUAGGACAAUGUCAUGUCGUACGUUUAGAUUGUCUUAGAUAUUUCCUAAUCCACAUUUGUGCGUUGCUUGUGAGAUUUUCCUUUGGAUAAGACUUUUUGUUUAAUACUCUUGUAUGUAUUUUUAAUAAAAAAAAAAUAGGUGAAAAAA